CUUGUAAAGACCGCUCUCUUUUCUCUCUCUAUUCCUGUCGCCUCCGUUCCUUACGACCACUCUCACAUAUUCUUCUAGUUUCAAAAUGAUUCGUGAUGACUCUAACAAAGCAGCGGAUCCUGCUACUGAAUCCCUCAAGCAGAGGGUCCGCAACGAGAACCGUGAGCGCAAGAAGCGAUGGAGAGAGCAGAACGAGGAAAGGAACAAGGAUAAUGACUUGCGAUGCAGAGUCCACAAGAGAGCAAACAAGCUAUUUGCGCUGGCGCUGAGCGAUUUGGUCAAGAAGAACGGAAGCCAUCUCGACCUUGCCCAGUUGACAGGUGUGCUCACGGACCCAGAUCUUGCCCGCCAGUUGAUCGAGAUUGAAGCCAACAACCCGAUACCGCCACCUUCGGCUGCCAUGAUGGUCCUGAACGCCCCAGUAAAGCCCGGACAUGAGAUCAAGACGAGUCAUAUGCUUGAGGCUGAUUAUCCUAUGGAUGCUGUCUUGACCCUCAUGCAAUUGAACGGCGCCUGGAAGGCAUAA